AGAUGUCUUGGCUUGUGAGGGAAGUAGGAAUAUAUCGUGUUCCUGCAACAUUCUUCCUCCGUCCGCAACAUGACUGAUGUCCGUUUCCGGGUAUGGAACUCCUAACUGCACACAGUCAUCACAGUCAUGCCCAAACAUUAUGUUUAAACCCAUAUAUCACUCCCAUCCCCUAUUCCUCUCAAAUCCACAUACCCUCACAUUCCCUCUCUGAAACCUGCCUACCUACCUUGCCGCUAAGCCUUCCCCACACGUGGAAACAGAGUUCGCCAAGUGCAAAUCGCACGUGCCACAGACGUCAGUGCACUCCCUCUCCCCCCCGGCCAUCGGACUUUACGCCUGGGAAACCUCCGACGUUCAAUCUAUCCCAUCUAUUCGUCGACCGCCCCAAAAAAAGCCACGAUAUACCUACCUGACGUACCGCCAUCUGUCCUCCUUUUUUCCUCCACGAAAGCGCAGAGCGCCAUUUCUUACCACCGAGUCGCUGGAAGAUAUAAGGGAUAUUCUCCGAGCGUACGAAUUCUC